AAAUUCCGUAGCCCUUGUUUUUUCCUCACUAUAAAUACAACUUUCUCCUAGCGUAUUUCUUUUGAAACAAUUUACAGUUCUCCUUCUGAAGAACGCAAUACAAUUCUCUGUCUCUGGUUUUCUUAGUUUUCUCAAUGUUUCAUAACAAUGGCAUCGUCUUCAUCCGAGAAGAUAAUAACCCUAAUGAGUUCGGAUGGACAGACAUUCGAUGUGGAAUCCGACAUCGUCGAAUCGCAAAGUCUGAUGAUCAAGAGCCUUAUCAAGGGUCACAACUUCACCAAUGGUGUUACUCCGCUUAAAGUUCAUGCAGAUAUUCUGCCGCACAUUCUCGAUUACUGCAAAAAACACGCCAAACAGGAUCCACCUAUAAAUGAUGAAGAACUCAAGAAAUGGGAUGAAGAAUUCAUCAAAUGUAAUUGGAGUAUCUUGUUUGAUCUGACUAUGGCUGCUAAUUAUCUUCUUAUGGAUUCUUUGAUUGAUUUGACUUGCCGAACAGUGGCCGACAUGAUUAAAGGUAUGUCUGUGGAGAAAAUCAGGGAAGAUUUCCAAAUCAAGAAUGAUUUUACACCUGAAGAAGAGAAACAAGUUCGAAAUGAGAAUUCAUGGGUAUUCGAGAGAUUCUGAAGCUAAAAUUGAUUUCUUGUUUAAGAUUUUUUAUAACUUAAUUUAGAUUCUUUUCUUGUUUGGUGGUAUUUAAAUUCCAUUUGAUGAAACAAAAGUAGUUUUUCAUCAUGUUUGUUUGUUUCAACAGUCUCUGUGCUUCUUCCCUCCCCUUUUUAUAGAUUAACUCUGUUUUCUUCUAUAACAUUCAUGUUUUCUAUUCAAUACAAAUUUUGUUCUUUAUCCUACAAAAAAAUUCUUUUGUGUGAUUAUAAUUUCAGAAAUUUGUUGUUCUUGAAGUUAUUUCUCUCAGCUUCUUCCUAAAAUUCA